AUGUGUGUUGGAGAGAGAGAUUAAAAAAUGAAAAAGUGAAAAAGCAGAGCGGCAACCAUCGUCUCUCUCCAUGUGCCUUGGACCAUUUCCUCUUUCACGUACUAGGGUUUAAGCUCUCCAUCUUCUCCCAUUCAUCUUUGGGGAAAUUGGGUUGUUGUUUUCUUGAGUGUUCUUGUUGGAUUGAGAUCUGUACUGUAGAGAUAAGGCAACGGAUCUUUUGGGGGUUUCAAGAAGUAAUUGUGCAAGUUGAAAGAGGUAAUUUCUUGUGUAACAUUCAGUUUCACUACUUGGGUACUCGAAGAUCUGUGACUGGUUUAAGUGCCGUUGGUGAAAAUCGAGUUCAAGCUGUGUUAAAAGGGUGAAUUUCAGGAUUUGUGUUUAGAUCGUGACAGGUUAGGUUACUUAUACAUCUGCAACAAGUUUGGUAAGAGGGUAUGUUUUUCUUUUGAAGUGGAGUAUUAUUGUGCAACUUUUCGUUGUUGAUUUCGAUUUGAUGCUGAAGUUGUCGGGAGAUUGAUCAAGAAGGAAGAACGAAGAGCACUAUAGCAAUAUUAUUUAGGGUCCCCUCCCUCCAUUAAUAAGUCAGCCAGUAGGACCUUGUGUUAAUGAUUAUUACUUUUCGGGCAGAUGGGCUAUCACCUUUUUGUGAUCCUUUUAGUUAUCUAAGAACUGAACUUGUUCCAUACUUCCAUUUUUAGUUACUUGCAUUCAAGGAUCGGCUUCUGCUAAUAAUGUCGACCGAUAAAGCUCCUCGUUUCAAGUCAAUUAAAUCGUUGCCAGUGGAUUAUAGGUUUAUGGGUUCAGCCGAAAAGUCUACAAGCAGUACUAGCAGUAUGAUCUCUGUUAGUAUACCCGAGAAUGGUAACACUGAUCAGAUUGUUGAUGAUGAUUCACCAUAUGGUCACAGAUCAACUUUCUUCAUGAAUGAUAGACCUUCCAUGGAUGAUGAAGAUGUUAAUCCGUCGAUUUCUCCUCAAGGAUCUGUUCUUUCUUCAUGGGGUGAAACCAAAUGGGGCGAUACUGCCUCGUAUAUUGCUAAGAAGAAGCUUCAAUCAUGGUAUCAAUCCUCUGAUGGGAAUUGGGAGCUCGCCAAGAUUCUAUCUAUUUCAGGGAAUGAGUCACUCAUCUCAUUUUCUGAAGGAAAAGUUUUAAAGGUGAAUUCUGACAGCCUAUUACCUGCAAACCCAGAAAUCCUUGAUGGUGUAGACGAUCUCAUGCAACUAAGUUAUCUAAACGAACCAUCAGUCUUGUAUAAUCUUCAAUACAGAUAUGAUAGAGACAUGAUCUAUUCCAAGGCAGGACCAGUUUUAGUUGCCAUCAACCCUUUCAAGAAAAUUCCAUUGUAUGGGAGUGAUUACAUUGAAGGGUAUAAGAGUAAAUCCAGAGACAGCCCUCAUGUAUAUGCCAUUGCUGACACAGCUAUCAGGGAAAUGAUUAGAGAUGAAGUAAACCAAUCUAUUGUAAUAAGUGGAGAAAGUGGAGCUGGAAAAACUGAAACAGCAAAGAUAGCAAUGCAGUAUUUGGCUGCUCUUGGAGGUGGAAGUGGAAUAGAAUAUGAGAUACUCAAAACUAAUCCAAUUUUGGAGGCUUUUGGUAAUGCAAAAACAUCAAGAAACAACAACUCAAGUCGUUUUGGAAAAUUGAUUGAAAUUCACUUCAGUGAAACUGGAAAAAUAUCGGGUGCCAAGAUCCAAACAUUUCUGCUUGAAAAGUCAAGAGUUGUUCAAUGCACAGAGGGAGAAAGAUCAUAUCAUUCAUUUUAUCAGCUUUGUGCUGGAGCUCCACCUUCUCUUAGAGAAAAAUUAAACUUGAAGAGUGUUCAUGAAUACAAAUACUUACAGCAGAGCACUUGCUAUUCAAUUAAUGGGGUUGAUGAUGCUGAAGAAUUUCGUAUUGUAGUGGAAGCCCUGGAUGCAGUUCAUGUUAGCAAAGAGAAUCAAGAAAAUGCAUUUUCCAUGCUUGCAGCAGUGUUGUGGUUAGGAGAUGUAACAUUUUCAAUUGUUGAUAAUGAAAACCAUGUGGAACCUGUGAUUGAUGAAGCUCUGUUGAAUGUGGCUAAAUUAAUUGGUUGUGAGGCUGAUGAUUUAAAGCUUGCUUUAUCUACACGGAAAAUGAAAGUUGGUAAUGAUAAUAUUGUUCAAAAGCUAACCCUAGCCCAGGCGAUUGACACACGGGAUGCUUUGGCAAAAUCAAUAUAUUCUUGUUUGUUUGAUUGGUUGGUGGAACAAAUCAACAAAUCACUUGCUGUAGGCAAGCGUCGCACUGGAAGAUCUAUUAGCAUUCUUGAUAUCUAUGGAUUUGAAUCAUUCGAUGUAAAUAGCUUUGAACAGUUUUGCAUAAAUUAUGCAAACGAGCGAUUACAACAACAUUUCAAUCGCCAUUUAUUCAAGUUGGAACAGGAGGAAUACAUUCAAGAUGGGAUUGAUUGGGCAAAAGUGGAAUUUGAAGACAAUCAAGAUUGUCUCAACCUAUUUGAAAAGAAACCAUUGGGUCUAUUGACUUUAUUAGAUGAAGAGUCAACUUUCCCAAAUGGGACAGACAUGACAUUUGCAGCCAAACUAAAACAACAUUUGAAAUCCAAUUCAUGUUUUAGAGGAGAACGAGGCAAAGCAUUCACAGUUCAUCAUUAUGCAGGAGAGGUUAUGUAUGAUACAACAGGAUUUCUAGAAAAAAACCGUGACCUAUUACAUCUGGAUUCCAUUCAACUUUUGUCUUCUUGCACAUGUGAGCUUCCACAAGCAUUCGCCUCAAAUAUGCUUUCUUUAUCGGAAAAGCCUGUUCUUGGACCUUUACACAAAUCAGGUGGAGCAGAUUCCCAAAAGCUUAGUGUUGUCACAAAAUUUAAGGGACAACUUUUUCAAUUAAUGCAACGAUUAGAAAGCACAACACCACAUUUCAUACGUUGCAUUAAACCAAACAACUCACAAUCCCCUGGGAUUUAUCAUCAAGGACUUGUGUUGCAACAGCUCAGAUGUUGUGGUGUUUUGGAAGUUGUUAGGAUUUCACGCUCUGGAUUCCCAACAAGAAUGACACAUCAGAAAUUUGCAAGAAGAUACGGGUUUCUUUUGCUAGAGCAUGUUGCAUCGCAAGAUCCACUAAGUGUAUCGGUUGCCAUUCUUCACCAGUUUGAUAUUCUUCCUGAAAUGUAUCAAAUUGGUUACACAAAGUUGUUCUUUAGAACUGGACAGAUUGGAAAGCUUGAAGAUACAAGGAAUCGAACUCUUAAUGGCAUAUUGCGUGUUCAAAGCUGCUUUAGAGGUCACAAAGCUCGUCAGUAUUUGAAGGAACUUAAACGAGGGAUUUUCACCCUUCAGUCGUAUGUUCGUGGUGAAAAAACCCGAAAGGAGUUUGUGGUAUUGCUACAAAGACAUAGGGCAGCUGUUGUUAUACAGAAACAGAUUAAAUCAAAAAUAACCAGAAAAAGAUUUGAAGACAUUCAUGGCGCUACUGUUGUGUUACAAGCUGUUAUACGAGGGUGGUUGGUUAGAAGAUGCUCAGGGGACAUUGCACUACUUCAAUUUGGUUCUGGAAAGGGUAAUGAGUCAGAUGAAGUGGUGGUGAAGUCAUCAUAUCUUGCUGAGUUACAGAGAAGAAUCCUUAAAGCAGAAGCCGGAUUAAGAGAAAAAGAAGAAGAAAACGAUAUUCUACACCAACGUCUGCAACAAUACGAAAGCAGGUGGUCAGAAUACGAGCUCAAAAUGAAAUCAAUGGAAGAAGUAUGGCAGAAACAAAUGCGUUCAUUACAAUCAAGCCUCUCAAUAGCCAAAAAGAGCCUUUCACUUGAUGAUAAUAAUACCACUUCUGAAAGGAAUUCUGAUGCUUCCAUCAAUAUAACAAAUGAUGACACAUGGGAUGGAAAUGGGAGUGCAAAUGGGAAUGCUAGAAGAAAUGGACAUGACAAUAUGAGACCGAUGAGUGCUGGUUUGAGUGUGAUAAGCAGAUUGGCUGAAGAGUUUGAACAAAGGAGUCAAGUGUUUGGUGAUGAUGCAAAGUUUUUGGUUGAGGUUAAAUCGGGUCAAACAGAUGCUGCCAAUUUGAACCCGGAUCAUGAACUUAGGAGGCUGAAACAAAUGUUUGAAGGGUGGAAGAAGGAUUAUAGUGUGAGGUUGAGGGAGACAAAGGUCAUUUUGAAUAAGCUUGGACAUGAAGAUGGGGAUGGACAUGGUGAUAAGGGGAAAAAGAAAUGGUGGGGAAGGCUUAAUAGUACUUCACGGGUUAACUGAGUUUGUGUGUGUAUAGUGAGGUUUUGUGGUUCGAUUGUAUGAUUAUUGGUGGGUGGUUUGUUGUUCGCUUUAUUCAUAUAUCAUAUAAUUUUGUUGUGUUGUUUGUGUUUUGGGGUUUGAUGAUUGCGAACAUGCAUGCAGACUUUAUUGCGGGUGGGAAUGACCGACUUGAGUGAAUGAAUUAUGUUGAUCAUUCUUGGUAUUGA